AUGAACUUACUCGCUGCAAAUGUACCUGAUGACCCCUUUGACUACAUCGUUGUGGGUAGUGGCCCAGGAGGUAUCGUCACUGCUGAUAGGCUUUCUGCCAAUGGCAAAAAUGUGCUUCUGAUCGAGAGAGGACCCCCAUCUUCUUUCAGAUGGGGUGGGAGACGGAGAGGAAAAUGGCUUGAAAACUCGAAUCUCACAAGGUUUGACGUCCCAGGCCUUUACGGCCUCAUAUGGCAAGACAGCACCGACAUUAAAUGCCCGGACGUCGUGCCCAUGGCAGGCUGUGUCCUUGGUGGUGGAUCCGCCAUCAAUGCAGGCCUUUGGUUCAAGCCUCAAAGCUUGGACUGGGAUUCCCAGUUUCCUGAUGGUUGGAAAGCCGAGGACCUCUCCGCUGCCACGGAUAGAGCUUUCCAGCGUGUACCGUGGACUAGUGUUCCUUCUAGCGAUGAGAUUCUAUACAAUCGCGAGGCUAGUGACUUGAUUACGAAGGUACUCGUUAGUGACGGAUGGGCUAGCAUUGCGGCAAACAGUGAGCCUAAUGCCAAAAUCAAAACCAUCUCACAGUCAGAGUACUUCUUCCAGCACGGAGAGAGAGGAGGGCUCUUGGAGACCUAUCUGGUAUCAGCAGCAGCCCGUGGAAACUUCAAGCUUUGGAUGAAUACACUCGCCACCAGGGUCGAGAGAAACGGAGGUAGCGUCACUGGUGUGCAAGUUGAGCCUUCUGGUGACGGCGGAUACAAUGGCACUGUCAAGCUUACUUCAGGCGGCCGAGUUAUUCUUUCCGCAGGAGUGUUUGGCACAGCCAAGAUUCUGUUUCGGAGCGGGAUUGGCCCCAAAGAUCAGCUAGACGUCGUCCGGAAAGCAGAGCCAGAUUCACUCAUCGACUCUGCCCAAUGGAUUGACCUUCCGGUCGGGCACAACCUCGAUGAUCAUUUAAAUACAAACAUCAUGUUCGAGCAUCCGGACAUAGUGAACUACAACUUCAACAGCGCUUACAAUAACCCUAUUCCAGAUGAUGCAGCAGCAUAUCUUACCGACAGAUCAGGCAUCUUGACCCAAGCCGCCCCGAACAUCAAUCCCAUCUUCUGGGAUGCGGUCAAAGGAGACGACGGCAUCGACAGGUGGUUUCAAUGGACGAGUUAUGUUGGCGGACCACAAAGAGGCAAGACAUACAAUACUUCCGGCAUUGCAGCUGCCCUCGGACUAGGCAAGACUUCGAGGGGACGCGUCACAAUUAACUCGUCCCUCGUUAUGGAUGUCAGCGUGCUUCCUUACUUCAAUGACGAAGGAAACAAUGACUUCGAAUCCGUUGUGGCUACUGUUAGUGGGGUCGUCAAGGCGAUUUCUUCCAUUCCUGGAGCCACAACGGAUUCGAAGUCAUUGUUUCCUUCGUCAUUGAAGUAA